AUGGGCUAUGUCCUCUUUCAUCUCACCGUCAUCGGCCUCAAGAAGUUUGUGCCCACCCUCUUCCUCAACCUCCGAUUUGUGGCGUACUUGAUGCAGAGCGUCAUCUUGUUAGUUCUGGGCAUGUUCGUGCAACCUCACCUGCCCAAGCAACUUGAGUCAACCUACGGCCUCUUCAUCUCUUGGUCUGGUCGUGCGCUGAUCAUGUUCACCUCCAAGGCCAUGCAGAUCAAGAUGUACUCUCGCCCUGCCGCCAUGAAGGUGCUGAUGUUGAUCAUCAGCGUGGUGAGCUACGCGUUGGCCGGCGUCAUCGUCUACUCCCUCUAUCGCGAGAACCUCACCGUGGGCCUGUCCAGCUAUCUGUCGAUCAUCUGCACCGUGCUGGUGGGGCUGACGGUGGCCAACGUCAUCAUCGAGGAGGCCAUCAUCACCGACAUCGCCCUCGUCUCGCUCUUCCUCGCCUUCUUUGCGCGGGUCACCAUCACCGAGGCCCUCAGCACCUCCGGACUCGAAUCACUUGAUGGAGAGCCGUUUCUUACGUCGCUCAUCGGAAUGACGACGUUCAACAACGUGAACCACCUGCUGUCGGUCGACUUCCUCAUCUCGUCGGUCAUCGCCAUGAUCACCCUCAUCAGUCUUCCGUUCCCGCUACCUCUCGAUGACGACAGCUGGCUCUUGAGCAUUGACAAGUCGGGCGACGAGCAUGCCAACGACCCCAACAUCAGCAUUCGACCAAACGUGUUUGCCGCGGGCGCCAUCAUGAUGUUCACUCAGCUCAUCCUGACCACGACCGGUAACAUCGAGCCGGUGGCGGUCUGGUGGCGACUCGUGGCGUCGGGCGUGACGGUGCUCUACUACAGCUACAAGCUCAUCGCCAGCUCGCAACAUUUCCACACCGACUAA